UUUUGGAGGUGGUAAAUGAAUACAACCGACAUUCCUAUUGUCUGUAACUUCAUUAAGGAAAGCGCUUCCGUGUCGGAUCGACCUGUAAAGAUAUCUCCAUGUUUCGGGUAAGCGAUAAGUCGUGAUCAGUUGUUUUAGUUUUGUUAUCUUCGCUUGUGCAAUGGCUUCUUUGUUGUUUACGUAAUUAUAACCACGUCCAUUCCUAUCUAUCAGUCCGUCCGCGCCACGGGACGAACCGCCAGUUUCGGCGGCAUAACUCACUGAAUUGACGCUUCCUACUCGGUGGCGAUUGUUCCUAUUGAUCUAUUCUAAAGGCCAGUUACGAAACCUCAACCUAAUUCCCUUUCAUAGUUGGGCUGUGGAAGGCCUUGUCGAAAGUGUAUCAUAGAUUUGCGAUCUAGUGGAGCGCGGCGGAGCCAUCAGAUUCGAGCUGGCCGGCAGUCUGCGCGCCGCGCUCGCGCCACCACCAUGCGAGACGAGGAGCCCCCACCCUCCCCCGCGCUCGCGCCCUCCGCGCCUGUGCCCUUCGCCGCCGAGCCCUCGCGCCUCCGCCGUACGCUACACACGCUGCGCUCGCCGUUCCGCUCCGGCUCGCCCUUCCACAUCGGAUCUAUUAAACGCUCCGGUUCCACUAAGUCCUCCGCCUCAGACGGCGAGAUCGUUCGAGACGAGCGCACGAUGCGCAAGAAAAACAAGAAGCUGCGCGCGGACGCGGCGAGCGACGCGUCCGGCGCCUCGCCGAGCACGGCCGGGACGCCGCGCGAGGAAAAAAAGAAAAAGGAGGGCGGCGGCCUGUUAAAGCGAAUGGGGAGUAUCGGGAGGAAGCGCGAAGUAGCGGGAUCCUCUCCCGUCCCGACCCCGCCUUCCGAACCAGUCGAGAGCGUUCCGGAGACCGCCCCGGAGCCGCCGCUCGCCGAACCGGAACCGAGCACGCCCAUAACGUCGGAGCCGCCGAUCAGUGCCAUAGCCGUGGAGCACGCGGUCGCGACGCGCCCCUUCACGAAGGCCGCGUGGAAGCGCAGCAAGAGCGCGAUCGAGAUGGAAAAGCCCGUCGAGCCGCUGGCCCCGAGUCCCGGGAGCGCGUUGCGGCGGCGGAUCGCGUUCGUGGCGCAGGCCUCCGCGUGUUUCUCGGAGGACCACGACGACGGGGAGGGCGGGGACGGGCCGGGAGUGGGGUCGCUGGAGGAGGCGGUGGCGCUCGCGCGCGUGCGGCUGGCGUCGGCGCCCGCGCACUCGCCGACGCCGUCGCAUUCGCGCGACAACAACGACACCGAAGAGGAGGGGUACGCGGACACGAUGCCGCCCUACGGAGACCUGCUCGACGAAGAAAAACCGGAGCCGCCGGUGAGUAUUGGGGCGCGCAUUGUGGGACGCGUCAGUGAGCGCGGGAGAGCCAAGCGAUGCGCGCGCGCCAUGACCUUCGAGGAGGCGGCUGACGAGUGCUACCUGAGCGUGUGCGAGUGCUGCGGCUUCAGCGCGGAGACGACCGUCCUGUACCCAUCCCACACCUCACCCAGCGCGGAGCGACGCGAGCAUCUAUACAAGAUCCUGGUCAUCGGAGAGCUAGGCACAGGGAAGACGUCCAUUAUCAAACGAUACGUCCACCAGUUCUUUAGUCAACACUACCGUGCUACCAUUGGAGUGGACUUCGCGUUAAAAGUCCUGAAUUGGGACGCCAAUACAGUCAUAAGGCUACAGCUAUGGGAUAUUGCAGGGCAAGAACGUUUCGGCAACAUGACGAGAGUGUACUACAAGGAAGCGGUCGGCGCCUUCAUUGUGUUCGAUGUGUCUCGGGUGGCCACCUUCGAUGCAGUCGUGAAGUGGAAAAACGACCUGGACACCAAGGUGCAACUGCCGGACGGGUCGCCCAUACCUUGUAUAUUGCUGGCGAAUAAGUGCGACCAGCAGAAAGAAGGCAUCGUGAACUCUCCUGCAAAAAUGGAAGAGUACUGUCGCGAACGCGGCUUCGCGGGCUGGUUCGAGACGUCGGCUAAGGAGAACAUUAACAUCGAGGAGGCGGCGAGAUCGCUAGUCAACAAGAUCCUCCUCAACGACAAACUGCUCCAAAGCAGCGACGCCAAGGACGGCGACAAGUUCGCGCUGGACCACAAGAUCGCCAACGGCGAGAACAGCCGCGACGGCAGCGGCAAGUCCUGCGCGUGCUGACCGGCCGGCCAUCUUGUUUACGUCGGCCAUUUUGUUUAUGUCGGCCAUUUCGAUGCAGCCGGUCUUGGUUAUACGGCCGGGAUUUUUGGAUACACAAACGGUCUUUUUGAAUAUGCAGCCAUCUUGGAUAUGCUAACGUUUAUUAUUUAUGUAAGGGCAUUCAUUACCCUUUAAGACCCAAAGGAACGAGGUCAGUCGGAAACAAAACUUUGAAGUUUUAAAUUUAAAAUUGAAAUUCGAGGCUAAAUAGCGAGACCGGGAUUUGAAAGGCAGAUUGUGGGGCAUCUCGAAUAGCUACCUAACAGGACCGAGUUCAUGUUAUUUACAAUUCGAUCAAAUUUAUUUGGUUUUCUAAGGUAGGUAUUUAUCUACUUGGCUAAGAGACAGAAUCAGUUAUUUUAAAUACACAAAUAC